CACUUACCAAAAUCUCCAUUUUUUUUUUCCUUCACUACUUUUAUGACACACAAAAACAUAUUCUCCUCCAGCUCCUUCCUUCAUUUCACUCUUUUCACACUCAACUCUACACAAAGUAACACCCAAAACCUUAAACUAAAAUGCGCGAGCGUGUUUCAGACGACAUCGUAGAAGACAUCAUGGGUCGGCUACCAGUGAAAUCCCUAACCCGAUUCAGGUGCGUUUCUAAGUCAUUUAACUCAAUCAUCACUGGCACCACUUUCAUCAACAAACACUUGAAGCUCAACCUUAAUCAAUCCGAAUCGUUAAUAUCCACAAACACUCACAAUGGGUAUUUGCUAUAUACUACAAAGGAUAAGAAUAGUUUACCAUCUUCCAAACAAUUGUGUACGGUUGUUUGCAACAACGACCGCACUUUGACCCAGGUUUCCAGGUUUGAAAUCCCCACUUUUUUGGAAAAGUACAGUAUAGUUGGUUUCUGUAAUGGCUUGUUCUGCCUAGCUAGUUAUGUGAAAGAACUUUGCCACAUUAUUUAUUUGUGGAACCCAAGUAUUAGAAUGUUGAAGAAACUUAUAGCUACUCGCUUUAAUCGCAAGCAUAAUGAAGGAGCCGCUAUUGGAUUUGCUUAUGAUUCUCUGAACAACGACUUCAAGAUCCUGAGAAUUGUGUGUAAUGCGAUGUUCAAUGGAUCAGAAGCUGAAGCAGAGAUUUACACGUUAAGUUCAGAUUCGUGGAGGAAGGUUGUAACAUCAAUGCAGUCCUUAAGAGGGUGUGAAGUGACUGAACCCAAACUUGGGACUAUAUCUUGUGUUUGGGGUCCCUUUACAUUUUAUAAUGGAGCUCUGCAUGUUUUAGCAUAUACCAUCGGCUAUUCAUUCAUUUUGUCCUUUGACAUUAGCAAUGAGAGCUUCCAUGAUAUAAUGAUGCCUCGUAAUCUCUUAGAUGGCGCUACUAAUUAUUUCAAUAAACUUGCAGUGUACAAGGGAUUGCUGGCUGAUUUCUUUUUCGCUGAUGAUCUUGGCAAUGAGCAUCAUGGGAGUGUCUUAUGCCAUGUAUGGGUUAUGGAGGAGUAUGGUGUGGCCGAAUCUUGGACUAGAAAAUUUGUGAUACCAAUGGAAUGGAUUUGGGCGGUUCUUUUCUUUGGCUGCACUAACAAUGGUGAACUUCUCAUUGAGAAUGCCACUGGGCUGGCUUCAAUUGACCCUGAGAAUCAAAAUCAGAACAUUCUUCCAAUUGAAAAUGCUAAUUGGGUGGAUUUCUCAGCUAAUUCAAGGGAGAGCUUGGUUUUACUUGAUCGGGAUAGAGAGAGUGAGAGAAAGGAGGAGGAGAAGAACUCCAAUGUUUGCUUCAUGGAUGACCUAGGCGGUGCUUUGGGCAGCGUUGGUGGCCUAGGCAGUAGCAGCAGCGGGCUGGGCAGCAGUGGCGAUGGCCACAGCAGGGCGACUUCAUAAAAAUUAAUUGGAAACUUCCUUGGUCUCUUUAGCUUCCUUUACACUGGUGGUUUUCUUGUGGCAGCUUCUUUUUAGAGUUUUCCCUCUAGGAACUGUUCUUGCUAGCAGAAAUAUAACCACUGAUACGACCAAGGAUUAUCUUAAUUUAGGGAUGAACACAAUUUACUUUUGCACAAUUAAGACAUAAAUUUUUUGUUGCUCUGUUUUUCAUUUGUAAUAGAUGUAAAAAUAGUAUUUCUAUCUAAAUUAUGGGCAUAAGUUUUUCUGCAUUGGAAUUAGAUGUUACUGCUACAAAGUUCA